UGAACGUUUAGAUUUCAGGGUCUAAUACUGAAUUGUCAAAGAUUUGGGCUUCUAAUAAUUAUAAAUAAAUAAAAAACCCAAAAAGGGCAAAAGAAAUGCUACUAGCCCGCCUUUUCCGCCGUUGCGCCCUGCUCUCCGCCCGCGCGCAGCCGCUCUCAUCGUCGGCAACGGCCGAAUUCUUAACAUCCCACCAAAGCACAACCCCGACUACAACCUACAACAGCAGCGGUAAAGGUCGAGACACGCUGGGCCGAAGGCUGCUGAGCCUCAUAUACCCCAAGCGCAGCGCCGUCAUCGUCCUCCGCAAAUGGGCCGAGGAAGGAAAGCCCAUUCAAAAGUACCAGCUCAAUCGAGUUGUACGUGAGCUGAGAAUUUACAAGAGAUAUAAGCACGCUCUUGAGAUAUGUGAAUGGAUGAGAACUCAACCAGACUUCAAACUAUUACCAGGGGACUUUGCUGUUCACUUAGACUUGGUAGCAAAAGUCCGUGGCUUAAGCAGUGCAGAGAAAUUCUAUGAAGAUCUGCCCGAGAAAAUGAAAGGACAAUCAACCUGCAGUGCGCUCCUUCAUACUUAUGUUCAGAACAAAAUGUCAACCAAAGCUGAGGAACUAAUGAAACAAAUGUCAAUUCAUGGCCUCCUUAGAUGCGCUCUUCCUUACAACCAUAUGAUUUCCCUCUACAUUUCCACCGAUGCAACAGAUAAAGUAGGAGAAAUGGUUAAGGAACUAAAGAAGAACACUUCUCCAAAUGAGCUCACCUACAAUCUCUGGUUAACUGCUUGUGCCAAUAUAAAUGACACGAAUACUGCAGAAAAGAUAUUCGAAGAGAUGAAGGAGAGGAGAUUAGCCCCUGAUUGGGUAACAUAUAGCAUACUAACAAGCAUCUACAUCAAAUCGGGCAAAAUCAGCGCUGCAAAAGAAGCGUUGAAGGAGAUGGAGAAAAGGGUUUCGAGGAAGGAAAGAACAGGAUACUGUUCUCUCAUUAGUUUAUAUGCAAAUCUAUCAGAUAAAGAGAAUGUGUAUAGAAUUUGGGACAAAAUGAGAAUGACAUUUAGAAAGAUGAGUGACGUUGAGUACAAGUGUAUGCUAUCAUCUCUUGCAAAAUUGGGUGAGAUUGAAGAAGCUGAAUCAAUCUAUAAUCAAUGGGAAUCAGUAUCAGGCACAGGAGACUCUAGGGUUCCAAACAUUUUACUCGCUUUUUAUGUAAAGCAUAGGAUGAUGCUUAAAGCAGAGAGUCUUCACGCGCGUAUCUUAAGGGCAGGAAUUGAGCCCAGCUACAGUACUUGGGAGCUUUUGGCAUGGGGAUAUUUGAGAGAGGAGAGGAUGAACAAAGUAUUUGAUUGCCUAAAGAGAGGAUUAUUGAGUUUGGAGAAAUGGGAGCCUGAUAUUAGAAUCGUGAGGGGUGUUUUUGACAAACUCGAGAAACUUGGGAAUGUUGAAGAUGCAGAGGAGUUCUUGGUGAUGCUUAGGGGAGUAGGGUAUGUGACUACUGAGAUAUAUAAUUCUUUGCUUAGGACUUAUGCGAAAGCUUGUAAAAUGCCACUGAUAGUUGCUGAACGAAUGAGAGCUGAUAAUGUUGAGUUGGAUGGAGAGACUCGGCGGUUGUUGAAGGAGACUAGCAGGUUUUGCGUAGCAACCUCUGUUUCAACCUUGAUUUCUUGAGGGAGGGUAGCUUCCUUCGCUUGUGAAGCUCUGGGGUUCUGUCGUUUGUGAUCAACAUUGUGCCUUGCCUUCUCUUUUAAGUAUCAUAUCAUAGAGAGGGAAUAUUGUUGUAAUCAGGCUUUCCAAUUUCAAAGAGCUAAAUUAGAGGUUCGGUUUCUA